CUCGAGCAGCCAGGUACUUAUAGACUCACAAGGUUAAUGAGAUGAAAGACCUCGUAUCUCUUCUGCUAGAUGCACUACUUUUUUCUCUUUUCCCAGCCAAAGUUUAACUCUGAGAGUUUGAGAAUCGUCCUGUGAGCUGCAAGCCAUCUGAAUUCAAAGCACAGUGGAUAGUUGCCUUUUUGUGCCUUUAGUUUUGCCUGUGAAGAAAACUGCUUUUCAACUAAGGCGUCCAGCUGCAUCUAUUCUGCCAUGAACAGUCAGCAUGUGUCAGACGGUGUGCGCAGAUGCUGGAAAUCUGCUGCCUGGAUCCUCACCUGCCUGCUGGCAUCGUUCUUCCUGAUCGCAUUCACCUGCUUCCUUCCAACCGAAGAUAUCAAACUCCAACAAAGAUCAGUUUCCACCAACAACACAAAUGCUCCAGUGACAUCAUGGUCUCAAGUGCGGCUGGUGAACGGCAGGAGCCCGUGCGAGGGCCGUGUGGAGGUGCUCUAUAACAGCACGUGGGGGACGGUGUGCGAUGACGACUGGGACAUGGUGGACUCCAAUGUGGUGUGCCGGCAGCUGGACUGCGGUGUGGCCGUGACUGUGGGCAGCAGCUCCAAAUUCGGCCAGGGCUCCGGUCCCAUCCUGCUGGACAACGUGGACUGUAAAGGAGGAGAGCUGGACCUCGGUCAGUGUAGGAAUCAGGGAUGGGGUGUCCAUAACUGCUACCACUAUGAAGACGUGGCCGUCACCUGUAAAGGCAAUAAUGCCAUUGAACCUCGAGGCCUGGAGCCCACCCCACCAUCCCGUCUGAUCUCUGCUUUAAGAGACGGAGCGGUGCGUUUGGCGGGGACCGGGGACCGCUGUCAGGGCCGGGUGGAGAUCUACUAUCAGGGCAGCUGGGGAACGGUGUGUGAUGAUGAUUGGAGCAUGGCAGACGCUGCAGUCGUGUGUCAACAAAUCGGCUGCGGACAAGCUGUCGGCGCACCUUCAAAUUCCUACUUCGGCUACGGCACGGGACGGAUUCUGCUGGACAAUGUGAAUUGUAAUGGGCAGGAGGGAAGCCUGGCCACCUGUUACAGCCUCGGCUGGGGAGUUCACAACUGCGGCCACCAUGAGGACGCCGGCGUCAUCUGCUCUGGUGCCAUUUCCACCAUGGUCCCGGUUAUCAACACAGAGACUAGAGGCAGAGAGUUCAUCGUUCCUGAGAGCACAGCAGGUAUAAACACUGCCUAUACUUUAUCUCUCUAACCCUCUUCAUCCACGGCUCUUUCAGAGAAGCCGAGCAUCCGUUUGGUGAAUGGCCUGAACAGCUGUCAGGGCCGAGUGGAAGUCCUCUACUUCACCGUCUGGGGAACGGUCUGUGAUGAUGACUGGGAUAUGGACAACGCUCAGGUGGUCUGCAGACAGAUGGGAUGCGGGCCGCCUCUCGCAGCCAAAUCUCUGGCUUACUUCGGCUACGGCUCCGGUCCCAUACUGCUGGAUAACGUGGACUGCAGUGGCAGUGAGCAAAAGCUGUCCGACUGCUUCAAUCUGGGCUGGGGUCAGCAUAACUGCGGCCAUUAUGAAGACGCUGGGGUCAUCUGUGAAUCACCUUCGGAGUAUGUGGUAGUCGGAAGAGACUUUGGCAUAUGGAUGACGGAGAAACCUACUACAAGAGCAACUACAACCGCAACACCAGCGGAUGGUACCAUCAGGCUCGUAGGGGGCCUGAAUCGCUGCGAGGGCCGUGUGGAGAUAUUCCUGAGAGGAGAAUGGGGAACCGUGUGUGAUGAUGCUUGGGAUAUUGCAGAUGCGAAGGUGGUGUGCAGGCAGAUGGGCUGCGGGCUGCCUCGAGCCGCCCAGGUGAUGGCCUACUUUGGUCCCGGCCGUGACCCAAUCCAGAUGGACAAUCUGAAGUGCACAGGCAGAGAAGCUACUCUCACUCAGUGCUCUCACAUAGCAUGGAACGCCCACAACUGUGACCAUUCAGAGGAUGCCAGCGUCACAUGUGAACUCUAAUGACUCCGCCCACCACAGGCCACGCCCACAGCAAGCCACACCCACCACCCCAGCCCAGUGAAUGCAGUAAAAGAGAGGAAGGGUUUCCAGGACUUUUAUAAAUUUUGUACAUAACACCUCACACCAACCCUGAUGAAGAAAUUUUAAAUAUGAAAUAAUUACUGGGUGUGAAACUGAUAAAUUAUACUGAUACUGUUAUAUAAAUAACUGUAAUAAAUAUUAUGAAUGACAUUUUAAUUAUGCACUUUAUAAACUAUAAGAAUGUGUACACAUGGCUGAAUAAGUAUGCUGAACAUAUUUUAAACUAUUGAUACACAGCGGAAACCAAAGUUUUAGCCUGUCAUUUUGAUUGCAAGCACCAAAUUUAUUAUGCCAUACAAAAACUGUACUUCUAGUACUUUCCCGAUUAUAAAAAGAUUUGAUUCUUCUGGAUCUGUUUAGUGAAUGCUAAGAGGAAAACAAAAUGUUUUUAUUUUAAAUAUUUAAAGAUGGUUGUGUUGCAUGUCUUAAAAGUUAAGCGUGUAUCUGAAUAUCUUUGCAUUUUGUGGAAUGAAAAAUAGCUUUCAUUAUUCAGUCGGAAAAAAACAUUUGGCUUGUUCAGAAAAAAAUAUUCUCAGGUCCAUUUUGAUUGGGAAAAAUAAUGGC